UUGCUGAUGCACUGCAGUUGCUCGAGAUCAAGCAUUCUGAGAAGACCAAUCCCUAACAAUGCACCCGCUGAAGGACAUUUUCACGUUCUACAAUCCUACCACCAAGGUUUGGAGUGGACGCUCGACGCCGUCAGUUUUCAAUCCGAACCAAAGCCUUGGAGAGCUGAUUUUUGGAAUCCUCAAACGGAACGGAGAAAAAGUAGUGCAGAUUAGCGCUGAUAGCGGAGCCCGAGUGACUGGCGCUGAGAUGGUGCUCAGGACAAUCAGAUUGGCGCAAAAUUUACAAAAGCGAGGACUCUGCUGUGAAGGGGACAACCCGUUUGCCAUGGCUGUUCGGAACGGAGAACAUACGGCACCGGUUUUAUUUUCGUGUUUUGCCCUCGGUAUUCCGGUGCUUGCGUUGGAUCCAACGUUUCAGCGGGAUGACUUGAGUCAUAUGCUUGAAAUUGUGCGACCAAAGGUGGUGUUCUGUGACAGCGAGACACUGGAUGAAAUGUUAGUUGCUUGCGAGAUGGUCUCACUAGCACCAAAAAUUAUCAUUUUGGGCGAUAAGGUGAAGGGAUUCGAUCAUGUGGAGGAUUUAUUGCUGCCUACGGGUAAUGAGGAAGUGUUUAUUCCUGCUCACUUCGAAGACCCAUCCAAACAACUGGCAAUCCUUAUCUGCUCCUCUGGAACCACGGGUCGCUCGAAGGCAGUCUGCCUGUCGCAUUCGAUUUGUAUCGUUCAGGUGGCCAAUUUUAUCGAGCUCCAUCCCAGCGACAAACUGUUCGCUUUCAGUUCCUUGUACUGGCUUUCUGGACUGACGAUGGUACUGGGUGGGACAAUUUGGGGUACGACGCGUGUUAUCACUCGACGAAUGGCUAGCCCGGAGCUGGCGAUGGAAAUCAUUGAACGCUUUCAGGUGUCCGUAGCGUUUUUCCCUCCUUCGCAGGCAUUUGCUGUCGUGAGAAGCCCGCUGGCAUCAUAGACCGUGUUUUCCAGCAUCCGAAUGAUUUACUGUGGGGGUUCGGCGGUGUCUGCGCAACUGAAGCAAUCGUUUGAGGAGUUGACCCCGGGUAGAUAUAUGGAAGUAGCAUACGGACUAUCGGAGAUUGCAACUUCGGUAAGCCUUUCCCAAGGUGAGCUUUACCGAACGGGUUCUGUAGGAUUCCCGAAGGAAGGGAUAGAGAUUAAGAUUGUCGAUGACGAGGGGAACCCACUUGAAAAUGGCAAACAGGGAGAGGUAGUUACAAGAGCGAAAUACAUGUUUCUGGGAUAUUACAAUAAUGAGGCGGCUACCAAAGAGGCGUUGGACGACGAGGGAUGGCUUCACACCGGAGAUAUAGGUUGGUGUGAUGAGGAUGGAAUGCUGUAUGUGGUCGACAGGAAGAAGGAUAUUAUCAAGUAUGGAAAUCUUCAGAUAUCACCAAGUGAGAUAGAGAGUGUCGUGCUGAAAGUGCCCGGAGUGGCGGCGAUUUGUGUGGUUGGAAUUCCGGAGCAAGGAAACGAUUUGGCCACAGCUUUGGUUGUUCGUUCCCGUGGAGGUCGCGAAUUGCCCACGGCAGAGUCUAUCAUCGAGGCGGUCGCCGAAAAACUGCCCAGCUAUAAACAUAUACGAGGUGGAGUUCACUUCGUCGAAAACCUUCCCAUGACUCCGUCUGGGAAAGUAUUAAGGCGAGAGGCUAAGAAUAUCGUGCAUAAAAUUAUGCGUAAAUAAAUAUUUGUAUUUUAAAAA